AAAGAAGAAGUAAAGUUUGAUUCUUCUUUUGAUUUGGAGCUAGAUAUGAAUCAUGAUAAUGUUUUGAAGUUUGUCAGAAAAGCUUUAGAGGAUUCUAUUUGUUUGCCAAAAAUCAAUUCUCUCAGUAUCCAGAAUUGUGAUAAUCUACCAAUGGAAAUAAGCUAUUUUCUCCAAAAUGUUAUUAAGCAAAACAUACCAUGACUUUAUCUAAGUGGUCUUCAGAAUUUAUUGGAGAUAGCUUAUAUUGACAGUGCUGAAAUUCUAAAGAUAAUCCCAUAUGUUACUAAAGAACUCUCAUUAAUAAGCUUCCUGUUCAUUAGCAAAAACCUCUCAAAUUUAAUUGGGAAAGCAAGCCUAGUGGAGACUCUCUCACUUUUAGACUGUGAAUGGAGCGACUAUUAUCUAUAUGAACAGGGCAGAUACUUGAAAUUUGAACUAGAAAAAGAAGAAUACAAGAUUAAAAAUCUAAAAUUGAGCCUGAGAUGAGGAUAUUAUUCCUCUAAUAAGAAUGAACAUGUCUGGUCACAGUACGAAACCAUGAUCUUGGCAAUAAGUUUAUCAAGCCUCAAGAAAUCUCUCGAACACCUACACAUUAUUGAUGAAUCUCAUAUCUCAGAAGAUGAGCUGAAAUCCUUCCUAUCCAGCAUUGGUCUCGACCAGAUCACUCCAAAAAUCGGUUAAGAGCUUUCUU